CACUGACAGUUUUUAACAAAACAAAAAAAAUGAAAAGAAACAAAAAUCAUGAAUCGGAAAAGAUCAGGGGAAAUAAACAAUAAUUCUGGUGAAAAAGGGGCCAAAAGGUUGUUCCAACCAUUGUCGGUGAAUGUGCAAAGAGGAUCGUCGCAAUGCCCGAGUCCAUUACAGGAGCACGAACUCCAAAAUAAAUCAAAACUUUUGGAGAACUCAGAAAUUGGUUCACCGAAGAAUUUAAAUGUCUUCCAAAAUAAAUCACAAGUAAUGGAGAACUCACAUUCUUCUACACCCAAGACUGUAAAUGGGUUCCAAGAUGAAUCACAAAUGCGUAAGAGCUCUCAAACUUGUACACCCAAGACAUUGCAGGCAUCUAUGCGAAGUCUUCAAAAGACAAUAGAAAUAUUCAACAGCCAAAAGGCCAAGAAGAAUUCGCUACUGAACACCAGUUGGCCUGGUUCUAAGUCCAAAAGUAGAAUGAAACCUUUGCCAAUUUGUGUCUCAGCUAAAAAACUUGGCAUAUCCCAAAUGGAAUCGGAGAUCAAUACUACACAAUGCGUGUUAGAGAACCAGAACCAAAGGCCGCAAGUCCUGACACCUAAAUCAUGCCAAAGAUCGUGGCAACGAUUUAUGUCAGGAGUCCUAAACAGUAACUCCAGUUGUGGCGAGUAUUUGAAUGACAUAUCAAUUGAAACUACACCCAACACCCAGGUUGCCUUAACUAGUACUUCCAAUAAUCAGUCGACUCCAAACCCUAUAAGAAAAUCCACCCCGAAAUCUAAACUAAAGUGUGUCAAAGGUGGCUUCGUGGAAGAAUAUAAAAAGAUGCUGCAGGAGAUGGAUAUAGAGCAACGGCAACUAAACCUUAGUCUUAAAAAACCCAGCCACAUCGUAAUCGUUCUACGCACAUGGGAAACAGUUGGCAUUAAAAUGGCUCUUGUUAAAUCGGAGACAGAGCCUGACGCGGGUCCAAUAAUAUUUAGUAUAAUAAUUAAUCCGGAUUUGGCCGAUAGAGUUGCCGCUGGAUCACGAUUACAAUUAUAUUUCAACGAAGAGCCACUCGAAAUGCCAAAUAAACAAUAUUUACACCUGGAGUCAAAUAAAGUAAUUCUUUUGUAAUUAGGUUUAGACCUAUAUAAGUAUUAAAAAAUGUGUAGAUAUACCAAUAUAACUUGUAUAAUUGUUAUACAAUAAGAACAAUCAGGUUUUUUUUUCUGUUGAAAAGUGUUUCAAGUUUAAUUAAGCGUGAAAAAGUUGAUUUUUGUUUACUUAUUUUUGUUAGAAAGUAAUAAUAAAUAUUGUUAGACUUUAAACUAAAACUUUUAAGUCAUUAUAACCUCUUAAGCUUAUAGUCAAAACCGCAGAGUGAGCUUAGGUAAAGUUACUUUACUUUUCUUUCUUAGUUGUGUUAAGAAUUUUUAAAUUACAUAUUUUAAUGGACGGAAUGUUGUAUAAUAAUUGAAAUCAUUUCAAGUCUA